AUGGCGUCCCAGCCCCUGCUGCUGCUGCUGCUCUGGCUAGGGCUGUGCCUGAGUACCGGGAUCGAGGCUUUGUUUUUCCGGGCGCCGGGGCCCGAGGUGAGGUUGCGGCCGAACGGCGUCCUGCCCCUGGGCCACGCCAUCACCAUCAGCUGCUACACGCCCCUCAAGGCCGACUACUUCCGCUUCUACAACGAGGACCUGUCCAGCUUGGACGAGCUGGGCGAGGAGAUCCCGGCCAUCUACCCGGGCCACGAGUGCCACCUCUACCACCCCGCGCUGCGCAUGGAGCACGCGGGCCGCUACCGCUGCGCCUACCGCCUGGGCGACGUGUGGUCCUUCAACAGCCCCCUCGUGAACAUCGUGCUCAUGAACAUUUACAGCCCGCCCCUCCUGACCUUGACGCCCACCGUGGUGAAGGUGGGUGGCACGGUGCGGCUGCAGUGCCAGCCCGUGGAGCACCAGUUCGUGUACUGGCUGGUGUUCAAGGGCAAGAUCUCCGAUAUCGACUUGAAGAACUACGUGGCCUACAAGAUCGCGCUGGAGCUGGACGUGGAGCUGAAGGACCUGCAGCCCAGCCAUUCCGGCGUCUACACGUGCUUCGCCUUCAACCAAAGCAACCAGCGCCUCUGGACCGAGCCCAGCAACUCCGUGAUGCUGACCGUCGGGGAGCUCAGUAAGCGGGGUGGGGGGGGCAGGGGGGGCGCCAGCGAGCCCCCUGCCCACACCUCCCCCUCUCUUCCCACAGAGGAACUCGCUCCCAGGCUUUCUCCCAGAGUCCAUCUGGCCUCCGCGGCCCUGGCCCUGAUCCCCCUGCAGAUCCAGUGGCCGUAG